CCGCUGGCUCCAGUGUCUGUCUGGAGGUCCCUUUCUUCAACACCACUGACACUCCCUUUUCUCUCUUUUUCUUCUCCUAAUUUUGCUUUCAUUACACUCAGUACUCACAGUCACGCUCCUCUCACAUCUUCCAACCAACUCCCCACCAUUUUUACCAAUUUUUUAAUUUUUAAUUUCUUGCUCGGCGGUUCCUUUUCCAAAGCUUGCUCGGUAAGAUAAGAGCUAUGAGAAGAUGGUCUUCAAAAGCAACCCCCAGCGAUGAGUUUCGAGGACACGUCGAUUGGGAGCUCCGGCCGGGCGGAAUGAUCGUCCAGAAACGCAAUGCCGGGUCGGGUUCCGAUCCUUCCUCUUCGGAGCGUCUCAUCAAAAUCAAGGUCUCCCAUGGCACGUCCCACCACCUCAUCACCCUCGACUCCCACUCCACAUUCGGGGAUCUGAAGAGGGCGCUGCGGGAGGAGACGGGGCUGGAGCCGGGGGAGCAGAGGGUGCUGGUCAGAGGGAAGGAGAAGGAGGACGACGAGUCGCUACACAUGGCGGGACUGAACGACAUGUCGAAAGUGGUGCUCAUGGAGGAUCCGGCCAGCAGAGACCGGAGGCUGCUCGCCGCCAUCGGAGCGGAAGUCGACAAGUUCUCGGAGAAGGUUACGGCGGUGGAAGGCGGCGUUAACGGCGGGAAGACGGUGGAGGAGAAGGAAGUAAAUGUAUUGACAGAGCUGUUGAUGACGCAGCUCCUCAAAUUGGAUGCAAUUGAGACUCAUGGCGAUUCCAAACUGCAAAAGAAAACUCAGGUCGUUAGGGUACAGAAUAUUGUAGACAGACUGGACAAUCUGAAGGCCAGAAUCUCAAAUCCCGUUUUGAAGCAAACAAAAACUAACACAGCCAAAUCUGAGCCGUUCAAAUCUGGCAUUCCCCCAACUUCAAAAUUCAGUAUCGGAUUCGGCUCCACUAAAAUAACCCACGAUUGGGAACUCUUCUUAAUCCCAGGGUUUAUAAAAGGCCUACAAUUCCCUUCCAUUUUCCUCACGCUUUUCAUUCAAUUGUUCUUCCCUUCGAUCGGCCGAGAGAUGGAAAGCUACGGAAUGAGGAUUGGCCAGGGAGGAGGACUUUUUCCGGCGAUGGCGGCCACCGGGGCAUUGCCACCAUUGCCGCCGCCUCGCUUUGGCCAUAGCUCUAACCACCACCACCAGUACUCAACUCCGACGGCGGCCGGCAGCGGCGAGAAGGUGCCGCCGCCACUGCUUGCCCCGACAAAGCAAGAUCCCGACAAAGAUCUUAGCGCCGAAGCCAAGCGGCUGAGAAGAGUUAUGCAAAGCAGACAAUACUCACAAAAGUACCGACUCAAACAGCUUCACUACAUUUCACAGCUUGAGUCCGAACUCAAAGCCCUUCAAGCAGAAGUAACAAUUACCUCACCAAGAAUCAAGUUCAUGGAUCGCCAAAAUUCUCUCCUCCGAGCCGAGAAUUAUUCCAUUAAAGAGAAAUUAUCGACUUACACCGGCGAACUUCUCUUCAAAGAAGCUCAAUACGAAGAAUUGAAAAGGGAGAGAAAUAUGCUUAAAGAGAUCUACGAAGCUUAUCAGCUAAAACUAUUAGAGACGUUCAAGAACAAUAAUACCACUGCGGCUGGGAGUAGUUACCAGUUGGCGGCGAUCGGGCAACAGGAUGAUAUUAAUCGGAAACGGCCCGACGCGGUGGCGCUGCAGCAGUUAGCGGAAAUCGCGCAAAAAUCGAACCCGUUUAUCAUGCUUGAAAAUUAAAUCAAACCCUCUUUCUUUCUCACACAUGGUAGAAGUUGAAUAAGACAUUGGAACUUUG